AUGAUCGAUUUUCAAAUAACACCUGAUCUUUCCAAACGUAAAUAUAUCUAUAAAGAUAUUGCUUUAUCAAAUAAUGAUCAAAACCAAAUAAAUUGGAAAAUCUUUCAAUGUACACAAUCAUCAUCAUCAAUGUCUUGUUUUGAUCCAUCUGUAACUAACGAUUGUAGUUAUCAUCCAUUUUAUUUUAUCAAUAAUCCAGUAUCAUUACCAGACAUACGAAUUGGUUUAUCACGACAUCAUAGUAUCAAACAAUUGCAUAAAGCAAUAAUCAAUUAG